AUGGAUCUCUCUGUUUUGCCAAACAACAACCAUCCUGACAAAUUUCUGCAGCUCGAGGUCAAGUCUUUAAUGAGGAACUCUGUGCUUCUUCAAACAAGCCUGGCGAGGUUUCCGGGUGGGAAUUACCCUGUGGCACAACACUGGCAAAACCUCGUCUACUCGCAGAGAGAAGAGAAGAAUAUUACUCCUCAAAGAAAGAGGGGAUCCAGUGCAGAGGGCACCACUGCUGCAGACAGCCGACACCCAUCCCUGUCAUCAGUUCUGAAGAAUAACCCACUCUACGAUGACAUAAGUUUGGAAGAAGAAAGAAAAAAGAACCCUUCAUGGACCAUUGAAGAAUAUGAUAAGCAUUCCCUACACACAAACCUCUCUGGGCAUCUGAAGGAAAAUCCUAAUGAACUGCGGUUUUGGUUGGGAGACAUGUACACACCUGGUUUCGACACCUUGCUGAAGAAAGAAGAAGAACAAGAGAAGCAUUCAAAAUAUUGUCGUGUAGGUCUGAUUUUGCUCCUUGUUGCCUGUAUUUUGGUUUCCAUAGUGACUGUUAGCUCUUUUUUCACCUGA